AUGACCACGAUAGCACCAGUUCAGGUUACCGGCCCGUGGAGCAUGCUCAAUAACAAGGCAAUGCAGCACCACAACAUGCAGGCCAACUAUGUCGACCAGAACGCCGCUCACCACUACUCCCUCAUGAAGCCCGACCCCAUCAUGGAGCGUUCAGCCUCCCCCCACGGCUCCGAGCACUCACACUAUUCGGGCUCUCACCUCUCGCGCUCCUACCACUCGCCCGGCCCUAUGCACAACCCCAUGCCCAUGUCGACGACGUCGAUGCCCACCGGCUUUGCCGGCUUUCCCGACAUGAGCACCGGCAUGCCCCAGCAGCAGCAACACGUGCAGCCGGCACCGCAGCACCUCCCGCCACCGCUGCCUCAGCCCCAAGACAGGUCCCAGGACAUGCAGGCUGGGGCCAAGACGAACCCGUGCAGCACGUGCGGAAAGGGGUUCGCGAGGCGCAGCGACCUCGCAAGACAUGAGCGCAUCCACACCGGAGUUCGACCCCACGUCUGCGACUAUGCCGACUGCGGCAAGAUGUUCAUCCAACGCUCGGCCCUGACGGUGCACAAGCGUACGCACACGGGAGAGAAGCCUCACCGAUGCGAGAUUUGCGCUGCUCGCUUCAGCGACAGCAGCUCGCUCGCCCGACACCGCCGCACGCACUGGGGCCAGCGACCGUACAAGUGCCCGUACGCCAACUGCCAAAAGACGUUUACACGACGGACGACGCUCAACCGGCACCAGAACGGCCACCGCGGCACCAUCGAGGAGGCCGCGGCCGCCACGGCGGCGGCGCUGGCAGCCUCGGGCGCCAAGGCCACGUCGCAGGCCCGGUCCGAGGGCGACCACCUGUCCAGCCACGGAUCGCCGAUGACGACGCCCUCUCCCGGUCAGCGUACCAUGUCGAUGUCACCGACAGUGGAUCUCGCCGGCGCCGGCGCAGCCAUGGGCCGCCACGGCCCGGGUGACAUGCAGUACCUGCAGAACGGCCCGCUGCCCAUGCACCUACGGGUGGGCAGCCCCGUGUCGGCGUCGGGAGCGGCGGCGGCGGCCGUAGCAGCGGGUUAUGGACCCAGCCCCAUGCGCCCGACGUCGCACCCGACCGGUUACGGACCGCCUCCCCCCUCGACGCUCGAGCCCAGCCUGGAGGCGCAGCAGCAGCAGCAGCAGUCGCAAUCCGGACCGAACAGCGUCAGCGGGAGCCCCCACAUGAGCACGGUGGGGUGGCAGUCGCCGGCACACAUGGCGUCCCCUUCGUCGCACAACGGCAGCUCGACGGCGGCGGCGGCGGCGGCGGCGGCGGCGGCCACCAUGGCGGGAGGAUACGUCUACGCCGACGCGGGUGACUCAUACCAGCCUGCCGGCCACCAGAUGAGCCACAUGUUUUACGGGUCGGCGCCGGCACCGCAGCAUCACCAGCAUCACCAGCAGGCCCAGCAGGCCCAGCAGGCCCAGCAGGCCCAGCACCAGCAGCAGAUGAGACGUCAGCACCAGCAGAGUCCCGAGCCCGGUCUGAUACACAUGGCUUAG